AGCCGCGGCCCCUUUAAGCCGCGGCCGUGCAGGGAUCCGUAGCGGCGCGGCCAGCCAAUGGCAGAGCCCCGCGUCAGCGCGGGCCGCGGUGCCUGUCGGGAAGCGUAGUCCGUCGGCGGCCCCGCUCCCCGAUGGCGGCGGCGCGGCGGCUGCUGCUGCUUGUGCUGCCGCUGGCCUGGGCCCGGCCCGCGGGCGGCACCGACCCGUCGGGCGGCGGCUGGCUGGCGGGCACGGUACCGGAGGAGCAGCGCUGCACCGUGGAGCGGGCCGACGCCUCCCUCACCUACUCCCUCUUCCUGCAGCGGUUCGCCUUCUCCCGGCCGGUCAUCCUGCGCGGGGUCACCGACAACUCAGCCUUCCGUGCCCUCUGCACCCGGGAGAAGCUUCUGGCGGCCUUUGGGGCCUGCCCGGUGCGGCUCAGCACCGCCAACACCUACUCCUACCGCAAAGUGGACGUGCCCUUCCAGGAGUAUGUGGAGCAGCUGCUGAAGCCCCAGGAUCCGGCCAGGCUGGGCAGUGACACUCUCUACUUCUUCGGGGACAAUAAUUUCACUGAGUGGGCCCCCCUAUUCCAGCGGUAUGUGCCCCCUCCCUUCCGCAUCCCGGGCACCAGCCCUGCCUACAGCUUCGGGAUCGCAGGCUCAGGAUCUGGUGUUCCCUUUCACUGGCAUGGUCCCGGUUUCUCUGAGGUGAUCUUUGGGAGGAAGCGCUGGUUUCUGUAUCCACCGGAUAAAACACCCCACUUCCACCCCAACGAGACAACGCUGGCCUGGCUUCACCACACAUACCCCGUGCUGCUGCCGUCGGAGCGGCCACUGGAGUGCACCCUCCGCCCCGGGGAGGUCCUGUACUUCCCUGACCGCUGGUGGCACGCCACACUCAACCUGGACACCAGCGUCUUCAUCUCCACCUUCCUGGGGUAGAGCUGGGAAGGAUGAGGACAUGUCACCACCAUCCCAGCUGCAGUGAGAGCAACAGCAGCUGCCCACUCAAUUACUGGUGUUGGGACCAAGUGCCUGAAGUUCUGGUUUUUACUGGUCUUUCCUCUUCCCCUUGGAUUAAAGUUGUUGUUCUGCUGUA